AUGAAGCUCAUAGCCGCGCUCCUGAUUGCGGCAGCCGCCGUGCAAGCCAUCGGAAACAUUGACCCGCUCGAACUAGCAAAAGCAGUCAUUCCAGGAACAGAGGAGCCUGCUGCUGUCAUUGAUGAGAUGCCGCUGCCCGAUGACACGAGCGAAACAGAGGACGAACUGCAUACGAACGUCUCGUCGCCAGAGCUCGAUCGACGGGGCAACCAAGCCGAUGCCGACGCGGCGUAUGCAGAUCUCAAAAGGCUGCAGCCGUACCUACACUGCCCGCCACAGCCGAAUCCGCAUCCAUGCGACGACAAGUUCUUGACAUCAAACCAGUGUUUGCAGCUCUGCAAUGAGAAGCCUCCAAGUGUGGGUGUGACUUGCAAGUGGUGGAACAAUUGUAGGAAGAGUACUGUCGAAAAGUACUGCAACUGUCUUUUCGGGAGCACCAACACUGACAGACCGUGGGCGGAAGGAUGGGUGAAGACGCCUGCGAAGGCGGAGCCGAGGAAGUUAUCUUGA